AUGCGAUCCACCUUCGUUCCUCUCUUCGCCGUCGUGGCUGCUGCCGCUCCAGUUGAGAAGCGCCAGUCCGGUCCUUCUGAUGCCGACAUCCUCAACUAUGCCCUGACGCUGGAGCACCUCGAGGACAACUUCUACCGCGAGGGCAUCGCCAUGUUCAGCGCCGACGACUUCAAGAAGGCUGGUCUCCCUGGCCAGUUCUAUAACAACUUGAAGGAGAUCUCCUCGGAUGAGACGACGCAUGUGUCGUUCUUGACCACUGCUCUGACAGCUGCCGGCGCCACGCCCGUCGCCGAGUGCACGUACAACUUCGGUUUCAAGGACGUCCCCACGUUCCUCGCCAUCGCCAACGUCCUCGAGGGUGUUGGUGUCAGCGCCUACCUCGGCGCCGCCAAAUACAUCAUGAACAAGGACUACCUCACCGCGGCAGGCUCCAUCCUGACCGUCGAGAGCCGACACUCCGCGUACCUGCGUGAGAACCAGAGCCCGGCGCAGUCGCCGUUCCCAGCCGCCUUCGACAUCCCCCUCGACUUCGACGAAGUCUACUCCCUCGCGGCGCAAUUCAUCACCGCCUGCCCCGACACCAACCCACCCCUCCCCGUCAAGGCCUUCCCAGCCCUCAGCGUCACCGCCCCAACAGGCUCCGUCAAGCCAGGCCAGACCCUCACCCUCAAAGCCGCCAUGGCCGUCGACGCUAAGUCCGCCUACUUCAUCACCUCCAACGGCCCUGUCGCCGCGCAGCUCCAAGGCAGCGGAACUGACUACACCGUCGUCAUCCCCGACGGCGUGCAGGCCGGCCAGGAGUACCUCGUCCUGACCAAGGACUCGAGCGCGCCGAGUGAUGAUAACAUCGUUGCUGGACCGGCUGUGGUGCAGAUUGCUGAUAAUGCUUUCGGGCAGGGCCAGGGCGGUUAUGGUGGUGGGUGGAAUGGUGGCCAUGGCUGGGGUAAUGGUGGUGGUUGGGGGGGAAAGGGAUGGGGAAAGGGAAAGGGUUAUUAG